AGGGCUGGAGAUGGGAGGGUGUGAGAGGAGGAAGAGGAGGAUGAGGGGGAGGGAGGAGGAGGACGGUCCUGCUGUCAAACACAGAUGAAAAUCCAGCGGCAGGUUUCAGGAGGACACCGCCGUUAGGUAAUCGCAUUUAUCGUCUCCUCGGAUGCGGCGGGGGGCGGGGGUCAGCGGACACCGAGCGCCGAGCUGCGCACAAAGAAAUCCGUUUCAUUCCGUUCCCUCCAACUCCGGAGCUGCUGGAGAGGCGACGUGUGCGUGCAGCCCGGUGACGGUGCACGGACACACACCGAGCCCAAACUUCAGACUGGAUUCAGAAACUGGAGCCGGAGCAGCGCCUGUGCCUCGUAAUUGGCGCAGUUACGCGGAAGGUUGUGCGCCAGUCUGAGUGGCUCAGGAGCGUCUUCAAGAGAACAUGAACGGGACACGUUAAAGAGCCGGGGCGGCUCGUCUCCGCGCUGAAAGCUUCAGUGGAGCUUCCGUAAACCUCCGGUCAGUCGGACAUAAUAAAAUCUCAUCCAUCCCGUCACACAUCCAGCUGCCAGCAUGCCCAUCAUCAGCAAUGCCAACCACGACUUCAGCACCUACUCCAUCAGCAGCGACGACAGCAGCCUCGACCGCUUCUUCACUGAGAUCCCGGAGACCGAGACCCUCAAAGGCGUUUACUUCCAGCGCGCCCAGCUCCUGCGCGACCCGAAGGCGUCGUAUGUGGUCGACCGCACCCUGCAGGUUCUGGUCAAUGUCGGCGGCAACCGCUACACCUUCCCCUGGAGCACGCUGGAGCAGUUUCCUCAGAGUCGUCUGGGUCGCCUGCGCUUCUGCACCACCCCUGAGGAGAUCGCACGACUCUGCGACGACUACGAUGAGACCUGCCAGGAGUUCUUCUUCGACCGAAACCCAACAGCCUUUAGGGUCAUCCUCAACUUCUUGGCAGCAGGCAAACUGCGUCUGCUCCGGGAGUUAUGUGCCGUUUCACUGCACGACGAGCUCGACUACUGGGGCGUGGACCCCGGCCACAUGGAGCGCUGCUGCCGCCGUCGCAUGAUGGCCCGGGUGGAGGAGGUGGCGGAGCGGGAGCGUAAAGAGGAAGAGUGGAGGCAGAAGAGGAUGAUGCUGAAGAAGACCAGCACACAAACUGAAAAGGGCUAUCGCAGACUGAUCGUGGUGCUGCGCGAUAUGGUGGAAAACCCUCACUCCGGGCUGGCCGGGAAGAUGUUCGCCUGCCUCUCCAUCGUCAUGGUGAUGGUCACCGUCAUCAGUCUGUGCAUCAGCACCAUGCCGGACCUCCGAGAUGAGGAGACGAAGGGCGAGUGCUCCCAGAAGUGUCACAACAUGUUCGUGGUGGAGUCCAUCUGCGUGGCCUGGUUCACCUUGGAGUUUGUGCUGCGAUUUAUCAACGCCCAGAGCAAGCUGGCCUUCGCCCGCGGCCCGCUCAACAUCAUCGACGCCGUUGCCAUCCUGCCGUACUACGUGUCCCUGGUGGUCGACAUCAAAGACGAGUCGCACGAGGAUGUCAUCAUGGGGGCCGGCAGAGGCUACCUGGACAAACUGAGCCUGAUCCUUCGCCUGCUGCGAGCCCUACGGAUCCUCUACGUGAUGCGGCUGGCUCGCCACUCUCUGGGCCUGCAGACGCUCGGGGUGACCAUGCAGCGCAGCAUGAGGGAGUUCGGCCUGCUGCUGCUGUUCGUCUGCGUGGCCGUGACCCUCUUCUCACCUCUGGUUCAUCUAGCAGAGAGCGAGCUGGCGCCGUUUGCCGCCACGCACCCCCACCACAGCUUCAGCAGCAUCCCGGCCUCUUACUGGUGGGCCAUCAUCUCCAUGACCACCGUGGGCUACGGCGACAUGGUGCCGCGCAGCAUCCCCGGACAGAUAGUGGCGCUGACCAGCAUCCUGAGCGGCAUCCUCAUCAUGGCGUUCCCGGCCACCUCCAUCUUCCACACCUUCUCUCGCUCAUAUCAGGAGCUCAAGCAGGAGUACAAGAGGGUGUGGAAGGAGGAGCGGGACGAGGAAAUAGCUGCCGAGUCGGGGAAGAGCUGCUCCGAGGAUCAUUCUUCAUUAGAUGAGCUCAAAUCCGUGUCGAAGAAUGGAAAUGAUGGGAUGAAGUCGAGCAAGACUCCCACACUCCCGUCUGCAGCGUUCUGAUGGAGGUCAUGUGACACUUUUGGUUCAUUAUGUGUUAAAAACUUUCUCCUUCCCGUACAUUUAAACUCCUGAGCACUUGUACGAUGAACGAAAUAAUAUUCCAGGUUCUAGAUUCAUGUUUCCAUCAAAGUCCAUCAGGUCAUAUUCGCCUCUUAACUUCCACCAGGUCACUGAGGUUUGUUUACAUCAAUCUGAUCUUGAUCCUGAUUUUGGCUUCACACAUUUAAAUGGAUUUGAUCACGUAACAUUAAAAAUGCACGCUCCUCCAAUAAAAAGGAAAUUGAGCGCUCCCUAAAUCAGCGUCUGACCACCUGCCUGCGUGAGCCAAUCGCAGCUGUUCCCUGCACCGUGCUGCCGGACCUGUCUGCUCAAGUAAUUGGCUCGAUUGAUUAACCAAGAAGACGUUAUGCAAAGAGUGCAUGAGAGCUGCGUCUGCACCAUAAAGCAACACAAAUAACCCGAGAACACCCAGAAAUGUAGAGUAACAAUCAUCCAACAUCAGCUCCGACAUCCAUGACGUGAGGCUGUGCAGCGUCAUCCACUCACAGAGAAACACUCAAAUCUCAUUUCAUGUGGUCAAAGAUAAGUGCCGACUAACCGCGGUGAGUAAUGAAAGCUUCGGGAAAAUGGUCAGCUUACUGGCAAAAUAUCUGUUGUUACCUCAUGCAGUUAUUUUUCAAAGCAGCAAAACGUCGAUCGUGCAGGACACAGAGAAAGACUUUAGGUCUUCCUUCCAGGAGAGGAAGGAAGACUUUUUUCGUCUGCAGACAUUCAUUUAUAAAGAAUAACUACAGGAAUGUCACAUUAUGUAAAAGUGAAAGCAGCACCCUGCUGAUUUAAAUUUCUGCAAAUUUUUGUGAAAAAUGUUAUUAAAUUAUUUUAUUUUGAUGCAAAUAUUUGUACAGAUGUGAAACCAUCAAAAAAAUGAGUGAACAAUUGUAACAAAUAAUCAAAAUAACGGCUUAAACCGUGCAGCCGUGCUGAACAUUCAUCACUUUUUAUGGAGUUUUAAAGCUUUUAGGGAAAAAACUAUACAAAAUUAAUAUAAAAUCUUCCAGUUUUUUCUGCAGCUGAAACAAAGUCCGUCUGUAACUCUGCACACGUCACUGCUGACCUGGUGGAUGUUAGAGGUUAAACUGUCCUGUUUCCUGUCCCAGCCGUGUUUGUUUUUAAUGACGAGCUCGGCGUAUGUAAAGUAAUCCCUGUGCACCGCUGUGCUCUACACGCUCCGUUUAUCGCAGGUUUUUCUAUUGCUGGCUCUCUGUGAUGUCAGAGUGGAUCUCCUUAUAUGGUCAUCUCCAGUCCACAGCCCUGGCUGUGAGUGCAGAACCACCCAAUGUGCAAAUCUUUGUGUCUGUAAGCCAUUCAGAAGAUUGCUUUAAAAGGGGGAGGAGCUUGUGUUCAACGUUCAGUAAGAUAUGAAAGAAUUGUUUGGUAUUGUGAGUCAAAGCAAAAGCACGGAGCUGGAAAUGAGUCGUUCCCGAAGCUUUUCCAGAACAUUGAAUUCUCCCUUUGUGUUCUGAGGAGCUCCAAACUGUGGUCUUAAUAGUCUUACUCCUCUCUGUGGCUGCUAGGAGACACUGUGUCUGUAGUAAUACACUAUUUUUGUACACACACACACUCCGUGCACCAAUCCAAUUACAGUAUGAUUGUCUGGAGAGCAUCAGUGUAAUGGAAGAUCACAUUUCUUCCUCUUGGUUCUUUCGGUUUUAAUCAGAUAACUGAAAGAAGAUUCUCCAGCAUCUUCUUUUCUUCCCGUUUGCUUUUGGACUGUGACGCUGAAACUCUCGAGUUUCGGGAUGUUGGAGUGUCCUUGAAUGGACCAUCGGCGCUCACAGAAGCCGGUGAUGAAAACUUCACUGUGAUGGAUUGCACAGCACAGACGGCGUCACGUCUCAGAGAGGAUUUUUCAGAGGGAGUCGAUGGCUGCCUGGAGGGAAGAAAGUCAUUUAAAAACCAAUCAGCAGAGGUGUCGAAGCAUUUUUGAGAACCACCAACUCGGUCCUUUAAUGUGCACAGAAAUUUUUGUCCUUCAUUCUUCAACCACUCACGUCUUUCUGGCAUUUUUAAAAUAAAAUAACACUUGGAUUCAUUUGCUGUGAUGAAUGCUUUGGAUUGUUUUAUUGCACUCGAAGCUCCUGAGCAGUUUUAAUGACUACACGACAGAAAAAUGUGACUUAAAAAGAGGCCUUAGAGAAGGAGAUGGUGGGCUUCAUUGUAUUGAAUGGAAGGACUAGUUAGUAAUGAGAAAAAUGCAACACUGCAGUCAGCAGCGAUGAAUUACACGCUCUGGUAAUGACUUCCUGUGGAGCUUUAUUAUAAAGAAACUAAAACAGUGUAGGCACCUCCAGCAGUGACCGGCUAAUACCAGAAAUGAUCGUAAAACCUGCAGUGCCUCUACUGUCCAGCAGAGGCAGCAGUGAGUCAGUCCCCAUAGACUCCCAUGUUAAAGCUUUACAGCAGAAACAAACAUGUUUACAGCCUGACACACAAACUGUUUGGUCUCUGUAGAUAAUUUCUCCUUCAUAACACCUGUUUUAUAACUCACCUGGAUUAAAGCUUGUAUUAUUAGG